CUCAGCCCGCAGUGGCUCUGGCGUCGCAAGGCCUGCGGCGGCGGCGGCGGCGGCAACGGGACGGGGGCGCGGACGGCACGAGCGAUGGCGCCCCAUCUGGUGCAGCCGGGGGGCCGCUUCUGGCGGCAGGCGGCGCGCACGCUGGCAGCCUCUGUGAGGCCCAGGACGUGGGCAGGGACUCCCAGGGUGCCCAGGCUGGGCAGCCCGCUGGGAGCCGCGGCCACCAGCCCCUGGGUCUGCAGAGGCCGCUCUUCCACGUCCGCGCGUGCCCCGGAGGUGAUGCUGACCCGGGAGCGCUACCCCGUGCGGCGGCUGCCAUUCUCCGUGGUGUCCGGGGAAGACCUGGCAGCCUUUGAGCGCAUCGUCCCCGGGAGGGUCAUCACAGACCCAGAGGUGCUGGAGGCUUCGAACGUGGACUGGCUUCGAACUGUCCGAGGGAGCAGCGCGGUGCUGCUGAAGCCACGGACAUCAGAGGAGGUGGCCCACAUCCUCAGGUACUGCCACGAGAGGAACCUGGCCGUGAACCCGCAGGGGGGAAACACGGGCAUGGUGGGGGGCAGCGUGCCCGUCUUCGAUGAGAUCAUCUUGUCCACCGCCCUGAUGAACCAGGUCAUCAGCUUCCACGAUGUGUCCGGGACUCUGGUGUGCCAGGCGGGCUGCGUCCUGGAGGAGCUGAGCCGCCAUGUGGAGGAGAGGGGCUUCGUCAUGCCCCUGGACCUGGGGGCCAAGGGCAGCUGCCACAUCGGGGGAAACGUGGCCACCAACGCAGGCGGCCUACGGUUUCUGCGCUACGGCUCGCUUCACGGGACCGUCCUGGGUCUGGAAGUGGUGCUGGCAGACGGCACCUUCCUCAACUGCCUGAGCGCCCUGCGCAAGGACAACACGGGCUACGACCUGAAGCAGCUCUUCAUCGGGUCGGAGGGCACACUGGGCGUCAUCACGGCCGUGUCCAUCUUGUGUCCGCCCAAGCCCAGGGCUGUGAGCGUGGCUUUCCUGGGUUGUCCAGGCUUCCCUGAGGUUCUGCAGACCUUCAGCACCUGCAAGGGGCUGCUGGGUGAGAUCCUGUCUGCGUACGAGUUCAUGGACGCCGAGUGCAUGAGGCUGGUCAGGCACCACCUGCGCCUCACCAGCCCGGUGCAAGAAAGUCCCUUCUAUGUCCUGGUCGAGACCUCAGGCUCCAGAGCAGGGCAUGAUGCUGAGAAGCUGAAUGACUUCCUGGAGCAGGUGCUGCACUCCGGCCUGGUGAUGGAUGGGACCGUGGCCACGGACCACACGAAGGUCAAGGCGCUGUGGGCCCUGAGGGAGAGGAUCUCGGAGGCGCUGAGCCGGGACGGCUACGUGUACAAGUAUGACCUCUCCCUGCCCACCGAGAGGCUCUACGACCUCGUGACCGACCUGCGUGCCCGCCUCGGCCCACAGGCCAAGCAUGUGGUGGGCUACGGCCACCUGGGGGACGGUAACCUGCACCUCAAUGUCACAUCAGAGGCCUUCAGCCCGUCGCUGCUGGGCGCCCUGGAGCCCUACGUGUACGAGUGGACAGCCGGGCAGCGGGGCAGCGUCAGCGCCGAACACGGCCUGGGCUUCAAGAAGAGGGACGUCCUUGGCUACAGCAAGCCGCCCGAGGCCUUGCGGCUCAUGCAGCAGCUCAAGGCGCUCCUGGACCCCAAGGGCAUCCUGAACCCCUACAAGACGCUGCCCUCCCAGGCCUGAUGGGCCCAGUGGGAGAUGGGGGAGGGGCCGUGGUCCUGUCCUGGUUUUGCUGUCACGGUGGGCGUACAGGGCUGGCCCGGGGGGCCUCCGUCCAGCAGAGCAGCGGCAGGCACUGUGGCCCAGCCACCGGCCCUCAGGCAGAACCCCUCCUGGCUCCCUACCCGCCCUCCAGCUCCCUGCAGGUUCCGGGGGGUAGGCUCCUGCCGCACGUGCUGGGCAGGCCGUUGGGCAAGCAGUUCUGCCCACUCAGGAGACCGGCUGCAGCCGUGGGAGAGGAUGUGGGUGGUCCUGUCCCCCGUGGGGCGUGAGCCCCCAGCAGAGGUGAUGAGCUCCGUGGGAUAGUGUGGGGUCCGUCCCCAGUCACGGGGUCACCUUUUAACCAGAGUGACAGGAAUGGUCUCUACCCUGGAAGGCAUCAUUCCCCCAUUUUCUAGAAGGUCUGUGCAUUGGCAAGACCAUUGUCAGAGGUUAGUUGUUAGUUUUUCAUCUCAGUGGUUUGCUGUGUCGUGUCCAGAAAGAUGGUCUGCUCUUCGCAUCAAAGAUCAGUGCGACCUGGGCGUGCACGAGGGCGUAGGCUCUGUGCACAUUGCUUCCAUCACCCUGGCCUGCUACUUCCUGUCGCCCUGGGGCCUCCGGGGGCUGUGGAGUCUGAAGGUUGGAUGUGUUUUCACUUCCUGGCCGUUGUGAACUUCCAGUAAAAAUGGGAAUUAAUCACGA